AUGGAUAGUGAUAUUGACAAAGUCUUUAAAUACUUCGAUAAAGAUUCAAGUGGCUACUUAGACGUAGCAGAGCUAGGUGAUGCACUUAGAUGCCUCGGUCUAAGUCCUUCCAAAUCUCAGAUUGAUGAGUUGAUGCAAAAAGCUGACCAAAAUUCAGAUAGAAAGUUAACGUUGAAUGAAUUCACUCGCAUGUAUCAUGAAAUAAAGGUCGAUGCCAAUGUAACUAUUGAAGACCUGAUCAAAGAAUUCAAAGAAUUUGAUAGAGAUAACAGCGGAACCAUCAGUCUUAAUGAAUUAGAUGAAAUUCUUUGCUCGCAAGGUGAACCGUUAUCCAAAGACGAAGUUAGAGAACUCUUGAAUGAUUUUGAUAAAAACAGAGAUGGAAAGGUAUCAAUUGUUGAGCUUGCAGCUGGGCUUUUAGCAAGAUAA